AUGCUCGAGGUGCUGGACACAGCGGGCCAGGAAGAAUAUACCGCGCUACGAGACCAGUGGAUUCGGGAUGGCGAGGGUUUCGUAUUGGUGUACAGCAUCACAUCGCGCGCCUCCUUCUCCCGCAUCACAAAAUUCUACAAUCAGAUUAAGAUGGUCAAGGAAUCGUCAAGCUCCGGUUCCCCCUCCGGCCCCAGCUAUUUGAACUCGCCCAUGAACGCCUCAUCCGGUCCCGCAAUGCCCGUCCCCGUUAUGCUAGUCGGCAAUAAGAGCGACAAGGCCGUCGAGCGCGCAGUCUCAGCACAGGAAGGUCAAGCAUUGGCCAAGGAGCUAGGAUGUGAAUUUGUCGAGGCUUCUGCGAAGAACUGUAUCAACGUGGAGAAGGCCUUCUACGACGUUGUCCGCAUGUUGCGCCAGCAGCGACAACAGGCGGCAGGUGGCCGUGGCGCAGAUCGUCGUCCGACAGGCUUCGGAUCGGGCCACCGCGAUCGCGACGCAGGCCCCGAAUAUCCCAAGUCCUUCCGACCCGACCGCUCGCGACAUCGCAGUCGGCUCCAGUGUACUCUCUUGUGA